GUUUUUAGUUUUUACUGAAGGGCUCGGUGAUUGGUUCUUUUCCUUGUUCCCCUUUCCGGGGAUUCUUCUCUUUUCCCCAUGAAAUUUUAAAAUAUCUUUUUGGGCUUUGGGCUUUGUGGUCUCUCUCUCUCUUUCUCUCUCUCUCUCUAUAACUCAAACUCUAUCUCUUUCGAGCAUGUGGGUUCCAUGCUUUAGGCUCACAAGGAAAUGUAAAACAUUAAGCUUCUGAGUUUUUGAUCUCCGGGCCUGAUUCUUUGAGAUGUGGUUCUGAGCCUCAGAAAGCACAGUACUGCAGAGUAUGUCUAGUUUUGUUCUCUGUUUCAUGUCAGCAUAUCCAUAUCAAGCCUUCUAGGGUUCCCUUCUCUCUCAUUUCAGUCUGCCAAGGUGGAUACUCUUAACUGCCUCAUGUAGGAUUUCACCAUUUAGUCAAAAAACAAACAGAAAAAAUGGAAUCUGGAGGUAGAUUCUAUUCAGUUGAUGAGUUCAGAUUGGACCCCAAGUGGCUCAUUGAUCCUAAACUUCUCUUUGUUGGGCCACAGAUUGGCGAGGGAGCUCAUGCAAGAGUCUAUGAGGGAAAAUAUAAAAACCAAACUGUUGCUAUUAAAAUUGUACAUAAAGGAGAAACUACAGAAGAUAUAGCCAAGAGAGAAGGACGCUUUGCAAGGGAGGUGGCAAUGUUGUCUAGAGUGCAACAUAAGAACUUGGUGAAGUUUAUUGGUGCUUGUAAAGAGCCAGUAAUGGUUAUAGUCACUGAGCUGUUAUUAGGAGGAACGUUGCGUAAGUAUUUGCUUAACAUGCGCCCCAAAUGCUUGGAUACACAUGUUGCCGUUGGUUUUGCACUUGAUAUUGCACGCGCUAUGGAGUGCCUACAUUCUCAUGGGAUCAUCCACCGUGAUCUUAAACCUGAUAACUUGCUAUUGACUGAAGAUCAGAAAACAGUCAAGCUAGCAGAUUUUGGUUUAGCUAGAGAGGAAUCGUUGACCGAGAUGAUGACUGCUGAAACGGGAACUUACCGUUGGAUGGCUCCCGAGUUGUAUAGUACUGUCACACUGAUGCAAGGGGAGAAGAAGCACUACAACCAUAAGGUUGAUGCUUAUAGUUUUGCAAUCGUGUUGUGGGAGCUCUUACAUAACAAAGUUCCUUUUGAAGGCAUGUCAAACCUUCAGGCAGCAUAUGCUGCAGCCUUUAAGGUUAAAAGACCCUCCAAUGUAAGGCCAAGCGCAGAGAAUCUUCCUGAGGAAUUGGCUGUAAUUCUUACUUCAUGCUGGCAAGAGGACCCAAAUGCUCGAGCCAACUUCACCCAGAUAAUCCAAAUGCUCUUAAACUAUCUUUACACUGUUUCACCACCCGAACCCAUGAUUCCUUCAAGAAUAUUCACUUCUGAGAACACAGUCUUGCCUCCAGAGUCCCCUGGCACUAGCUCCUUGAUGGCAAAACGAGAUGACACAGGCGAUACACCCAGAACGAAGGACGACAAGCCCAAUGGUUUUCUUUGCUGUUUCAGUCAGUGUUAUUAACACCAUCAAGUCUUUAAAGUUGAAAAUGUGAUAAAAAAAUGUUAGAUAGAAUCUAGUCCAAAGUGAUCCUUUUGACAACUCGGUAAAUGUUCAGAUUAAUACCUUUGCAUUUCCAGUAAAAUUUAGUUCUUUUUUCUGCAACUCCACCUAGCAUGCUUUUUCAUCUGACAUAUAUGCAUGCUAGCAUAUAGUCUGCUCAAGUUGUCUAAUCAUAUAGCAUUGUCGGGAUUUGCACCUUGAAUUUCUUAGAAGUUGGAUUAUAUCUUGAUACCUUGAAUUUUGUUCAUGUCAACCCAAAGGGUCACAUAAGAUUAGCAGCCACUUGGUUUUACAUUCGAAUUGCAGGCAAUUUCUCAGUUAACAGGCAUUACAGGGAGCCAAGCACUAAACAUUGGCCAGACAAUAAUGAACAAAACUUUAGUAUGAUACUCAUGGAUAAUUUGUACUCCCGCCGCUGGGAGGGGUGUUGUUAAGUUCCUUUUACAAAUUGCUUAAGAAACGAUUAAUUAAUUAAAUAUCUAUCUUCUUGGUAACCUAUGUUUCUAUAGAUGGAUUAUGAGUUAUUACCCCCCUCCCUUUCGGUAUUUUUGGCCACAUCAUAGUACUAACAAACUGAAACAAUGUCACAGUUCUUCGGUCUUCUCAAAUAUAAAAUGGUGA